AUGUCAGGACAAACGUAUGUGGACAUCCUCAUGGAGCCGGGCGUCUUGGCACACGCUGCUGUCAUCCAGGGCGCCGAUGGGUCGAUGAAGGUGGGCGGCCCUUCGGCGGCGUCCGCCGGCUUCCGAGUGUCAACGGGCGAGGCCCAGACGCUGGCCAACGCGUUCAGGAACAGCAGCCACGUCCAGUCCGGUGGCUUCCAACUCGCCGGCGUUCACUACGAAGUGGUGCGAGCCGACGCCCGCUCCAUCUACGGCAAGCAGAGGGGUCCGGAGGGGGGCGGGGUCAUCGCGGUCAAGACCGACAAGGUUUUCCUCAUCGGCACGUACGAUAAGAGCGAACAGCACGAGACUGCCGCCAGCGUCGUGGAGUCACUGGCCGACCCACUCAUCAGCCAGGGCGAAUAA